UUCUCGCAGAAUCAUAGGGUAUAGAUUCUCAGCCUCAGAAGUCUCUCUGGCUAUUAUAAGAGAAGACUUCUGUUCAGUUUCUAUCACUGACAUAUAACUUGUCAGCAAAAGAAACAGAAGAUUAAUGGAGGCUAAGACUCAGACAUGGGAAGUGAUGCCAUUUAUAGUGAUGGUGAUCAUGGAAGGAUGCACUAUUGGACUAACUAUUUUCGCCAAAAGUGCAUUAACUAAUGGAAUGAGUCCUUUUGUGUUCAUUGUAUAUACCAAUUCUCUGGCCACUUUAAUACUCUUCCUCUUUUCCUAUCUAAUACACUCUAAUGACAGAUCUGUGCUGCCACCUUUUUCUUUUUCCAUGUUUAUGAGAUUCUUGUUCCUGGGAAUUACAGGGAUAACUUUGUCUCAGACAUUCUCAUUCCUGGGUCUUGGCUAUAGUUCACCGAUACUCGUAUGUGCGAUGGGUCUUUUGAUCCCCUCCUUCAAUUUCCUCCUCUCUCUCUUUCUCAGGAAGAAAAAUUUAAACUUUAGAAGCUCUGCUACGUUAUUCCAAGUGAUGGGCACUCUGAUAUCAAUAAUGGGAGCAGCUCUAGCUGAGUUCUUCAAGGGCCCACUCAUAAGGCCCUCUUCUCACCAACUUCGCCAUGCUCAGCACUUUUUCAUCUUCUCCUCAACCCCAGAGUUCUGGGUUCUUGGUGGACUCUUGCUUGCUGCUGCUUCUUUCUCAGUUUCACUUUGGAACUUUAUGCAGAAGGGAACUGUUAAACUCUACCCAGAACCAAUGAAGGUGAUCUGCUACUAUAACUUCCUUGGGACAAUCUCAAGUGCAAUUGUAUCGAUAAUGGUUGAGAGAGACUCAGAUGCAUGGAAGCUGAAGCAUAAGAUGGAGCUUAUUCUCGUUGUGUUGACUGCUUUAUUUGGGGGUGUGAUUCGUCCCACCGUCCAAGUCUGGUUCACACGCUUGAAGGGUCCAUUUUAUUUUCAAAUAUUCAAACCCUUUGGAAUUGCCUAUGCAACUAUAUUUGGGGUCACUUUCUUUCCUAAUAGCCUUCAUUUUGGAAGUGUUGUAGGAACAACUAUAACUGGAAUAGGGUAUUAUAGUGUCAUGUGGGGACAAAUCAAGGAAGAUGAAGACAAAAUUGGUUGUGACGAGAGCUCAGAUUCCUUGGACAAGAAAGCUCCUCUGUUAAAAGAAAAUAAGGAAAUGCAAGUAUAAACAAAGCUUCAGAACGCUAGAGGAAGUCAAUUAUUAUCCAGAAGCUUCCCCUCUGUUCCCUUGUAAUUGGAGCUCUGUGUGUGUGUGUGUGUCUGUCUGUCUGUGUAUAUAUGCGCAAAGGGAUUGUCUUUGAGGUUUCAUUUGCUGUAACAUGUAAAUAUUUUGAAGUUUUAGAUCUAAGUGUUCAUAUGAAGUUCUUUUGUCCAAA